UUUGAGGAGCAUCAUCAAGUGUGUUACGUUGCACACACACUCACAUUUUCUAACUUCACAGCUGUUUUGUUUGUCGUGCAAAGUUUCACAACUACAUUUUUGAGAACACGAUGAAUGAUUUGUCCAGUUGUAUCUCCAUGAACUAAGAUCACAGUUACCACUAGCACCGAGCGGAACAGUUUAUUUGGCUUGAAACUCAGUGUCGACUUUUGAUUUAUCACUCUAAUUUCAACUUCAAGAGAACCGUUUAAGAAAAUCGAAAAAGCCUUACCGAGAAUGAUUUGCUCUCUAUCUUUUGUUCUGGUUUCUUGUGUGAUUCUAAAGAGCCACCUUUCUUUUGCUCUAACUGGUGCUUGUACCAUGCUUCCUUUUGAUAACUACACCGAACUGAGCUGUAAGGUGACAGGGUGGUAUAACGACACCAAGCUCCCCUGCAACACUUACAAAGCAGCUGACGAGGGUGAUGCUAGCUUUCUCUACGUUCCAAUAGGGCUAACGGUCACCAUUUUCUGUCCUAUCAGGCACAUUCUGGUUGGAGCUGGUCAGUAUGAUUGUGAAGAGAAGGGGUUCGACCCUCCCAUACAACUUAGUAAUUACACUGACAAGAUAGAUCCACAUCCUAAGUGUCUUAAUGUGGAUGAAAUGCAGGGAGCACUAUGUGACUCAGACACUCUGCCUGUAUCGUCUCCCCACUACAAGUUGUACAGUGAUGCAGACUAUGUGUUUGUAGACCGGGAGUACAAGGUCCAGUGUGAGGCUGGUUACAGUACUGUUGCUUACUCUCACUCCAAUCAGGACAGGGAACUGUACGGAGUGUGUUAUCAGUCAGGAAAGUGGGAGGUAACAGGGAGUAAGUGUCUGGGAAUGUGUGGCUCCGAGGUGAGGCACGGUGGGGAGGCGCGCAACACGGCUCUUCUCUAUGAUAGUUACACUGACUUACAAGUCACUACUCAACUGGACAACGGUUUGCAUCCUGUGGGGACGGAAGUUAACGUGUCUAUCACGUGUGAGGAGGGGUACUCUUCAACAGGAAGCAGAUCAGGAGAGUUUAAAAUAACGUGUCUGGUAGACAACACUACAGCUGCUGCCGGGUAUUACGGACACAGCAGAUACGAGACCACCGUCAACUGUAAACGUAACUGUCAGGUGCCCACACUCCGAGAAGGUAAACUAAUUGACCCGUGGACUGGUUUGACUCUGAUACCCGGCACCUGGACCCUGAAGAACAGUGAUGAUGCUGCUCGGAUGAGGUGCCCCACAGGGACAUACGCUCUUGGGAGGGUUAGGAUUGAGUGCUAUGACGGAGAGAUAACUCAUCCUCUUCCAACUUGUACACGAGAGUUCCAGCCAUGCGAAGCACCCCUGAUAGAACACGGGGUCAGGGACCCCCACAAUUUGGCCCCCGCUGACUCCUACACCCUACAAUGUUCACCAGGAUUCUCACUUCCUGUCACUGUGUCACCUAAAGUAGACUGUAGGAGAAUGUCAGGAAAGUUGACAGACCUUGGAGUUCCAGCCGCGGGGUUGUCUCCGGCUGCCAGCUAUGCUUGUUAUCCUGGUUGCGACAUGCCCUUCACUUCCCUCUCCCACGGAACCCUCCACCCUAUACCCACCCACACUCGAGCUCCCUACAAAGUUGGACAGGUCAUUACAAUAUCAUGCUUUAACGUACAGUCUCCGUCCCUGCAUGAGUGUCUUUGGGACGGAUGGGAUAAUGAAUUGUGGCCUGACUGCACCCCUUCAAGUACUAAAAAUAUGAGACUUAGUGGACUGUUAAUAACUUUUUUGAUAUUAAUCAUUGUGUUAGGUUUUGCCGAUUGAUCUGGUUAAAGUUAUCGUUUUUAUCAAAAGCAUCUAGACUGUGUUAGGAUAUCAUUAUUGUGUCGUUUUUAUUUUAACCGCAAUUCAUAUUCA